AAGUUUAUCCAAGAUUUUAACCCCCAGAGUGUCUUAUACAGAAAACGCACACAUGUACAGGAAGAAAGUCCACAUUCUAUUAUCACUUUGAUUAGAUUCAAACGACAUACAGACUGUAUAAUGCAAAAAAACUGUUCUGAGAACGGAUACAGAAACAAAACUACAACCCUCUGUAUGUGUAAAGAUGGGUACACUGGAGCAACCUGCAAACACAAAUGCGAAAAGGGUACUUAUGGAUUUGCGUGUCGUAGAAAUUGCAAUUCCUGCGACCAUGAGCAAUGCAACUAUAUAUCUGGAUGUCCUUUAACGACAGUUGAAGUGAAUAGCAAACGAGUGAAUUCUACUGAGGAUGUCCCAACAACUCUCCAUAUCUACGCUCUUGCUUCACCUGCUAUUGUUGUUUCUACAAUAUUAUUGGUAUCCCUUUUUUAUUGGUGUUACAAAAAGAAGAAAAGAAAUACGGUAGUAAAAGGAGCUCCAAGGAGUGAUGUGUUUUUAAUGUCGGAAGGCAGAGAACUUGCAAAUACUGACGAGAGUGGAUACAGUUAUAUUGGACAGCCUUUGGAACUUUUAAAUACGAAAUUAAAAAAAUUACCUCAGGAAACAUACCACUCUACGUCCUCAACUAACCAUAGAGGAAUACUCGUAUGUCCGGAAAAAGAUGAUGAUACAGCGGAAAAUAUACGUGAUGGGGAACACUAUGAUCAAAUACAUCUAAGAACUGCAUUUUUAAUUCAACAGGACGCUUUCAGUCACACUGUAAGUGACAAUACAUAUAGUCAUGUGAAACCACCAGCAAUUCCUAAUGUUAUUCUUUGUGACGGGCAGUAUGAUCACAUUAUUCAGUAAAUAGAAUUCAGUAUGCUUUAUAGGGACCACUUCGUCCAUGGUUUGUCUGUCUGCACAUUGUCUUAACAUGUAACGUUUCAUUGUUUGUUCCAUGUGUAAUGAUUAUUAAAUGUAUGUAGUCGUU